UACAAUUAGUCAAUUGCAUCAUCGCUAUCUUAUCCGUUCUCCAUCUAUGAUGUCAGUGGACAGAGAACUGCGCAUGCGCAUUUCCAUCCCGAGAAUAACGCCAUGAUAUGUGAAUACACGGUUUACCUGGGCGCGUGUUUAUCUAUGCCUAACCAAUAGGGCCACGAAACGCCAUUACGUCAUCGUCGAUAGAACCUGUGUAUACAGGCAAUUUCAACGGUUGUGAUCAUCCUUUUGAAAUUACUCAGGAAUUUCGUACACGGGUGCAUGGAUAUAGAUGGCAUGAUAUUCUUACGCAAUCAUUUCAUUUUUAUAUCAUCGUUGUAGCGAUGUAAACGUACAUAAUAUUCCAAAGAUGACGUAUAGUUCCUAAGUAGUACGGACGACAAUAAUGGCAGUGGAAUUAUUGAUCGUUAUGAACGAUUUAUGAAUCAAGUUUCCCAAAUCGAGUGACAAGUACCGCUAUCGCUGAUGCAUGUUUGGAACGACCUAUACACCGUCCUGCUGCCACUGCGUCAGUUGGUAUCUGCGCAGAAGACAAAUAUCGAGUGGCUCAUAGUAGCGUGGACUCGUAAGCACGAUCAGACCGGCUUUUACGAGCGGCUCGAUAUAAGUACGCUGCGUGUACUCGGUGUGUUGAACGAAAGCGACGAAGGAACGAAUCAACGUGUGCUAGACGGCUGCAUAACCACUUCGAAACGUCAGUGGAAUAAUUAAUAAGUAAGGAAACAAAGUCUCCUUAUUGUUGGGCGUCAACAAACGGUGCAGCCGUGUCGCGGCAGACAUGGGACUGAAGGAUUUCCGAAUAAUCUUCGACAAUCCAUGGAAUACUUAUUAUCCAGGACAGACUGUCACCGGAAAUAUUAUUGUCGUGUUAAGCAGCACGAAGAAGAUUCGCGGUAUAAGCGUAAAAGUGAAAGGUGUAGCGAACACAUGUUGGACCACAGAUAAACAGGAUAUGGAUGAAAGAGGACAGUACAGAGAUGGAACUCAGACGGUCUCCGCUCAUGAGGAUUACUUCGAAACGAAGUAUUACCUAGUUGGAUCAGCUUCUGGUGGUGAAAUUGAGAUACAAAGCGGGGAGCAUAAAUUUCCAUUUCAGUGUGUCCUGCCGACAAAUUUACCUAGCAGCUUUGAAUCCGAUUUUGGACACGUUCGAUAUACAGUUAAAGCGACUCUGGAUCGUCCAUGGAAAUUUGAUCAAGAAGUAAAGAGUCCUUUUACAGUUAUAUCACCUCUUGACCUUAAUCAAGAGCCAAGGUCUUCGGAAAAAAUACAAGAAGAAAUGAGCAAGACGUUUUGCUGUUUAUGUUGUGGAACACCGCCAUUAACCGUUAAUUAUUCUUUACCAGUCAGAGGGUACGUACCUGGCCAAUCGAUGCCAAUAAAAGUCAACGUUGAAAAUUUAUCUGGAGUAAUCGUAAAUACUGUAAAACUCAUUUUGUGUAAGAUCGUUACCUAUCGUGCCACCACACCAACUAGUGAUACCAAAACAGAGGAAAUCGUGGUUGCAGAAGUUGGCAAAGGACCUAUAGAGGGAGGAGGAACCGCAGACUAUGAACAGAAACUUGAUAUUCCUCCGUUACCUCCAUCAAAUUUGACGAACUGUGGAAUUAUUGAUCUGGAAUAUAAUUUGAAAGUCGUAGCAUGUGUCUCAGGAUGGUAUCGUCAAAAUCUGUCUCAGAACACCCUUAUAUUCGUGGGUACUGUGCCACUGAUAAAUUAUCAAACUCCUAGUGCACCUCCUGCAGAUGGAUAUCCAGCUGCCCCAGAAAUAGGAUGGACCACGUCAGGUAUUCCCGUUUCAGUUACUGAUGGUGGUCCAACGUCGAAUUUGUAUCCUAACUUACCUCCACCAUCAUAUGAGGAAUCGACCAAUGGUGCUAGGAGUCUAUGGGAACGUGGUGAAUCUGAGAAUAUUUUCGGUCUGUCAAACCGCUAUGCGCCUAAGUAUCCAGUCUUCAACUUUGCGCCAGUUCAAUGAACAACGAAAUGAAAUGAUUUUGGUGCUCAGAAAAAGUAAAAACGAAAGUAAUACACGUGUCUUACAGUACAGUUUAUAGAGCACAUUUUAGGAGCUUUAAUUGAAGUUAGCUCUCGAUAAUCGCGUGCGUUAUUCAAGCUGAUAUUCUAAAUUAUCGUGGUUGAAGUGUGCCUUGGUUACAUUUUUUUUUAAAUAGAUGAGUGAAUAAUUAAUCAAAGGGAAUAAUCCUAAGGGAAUAGUC